CAACCAAUCAGAAUCGUCGAAAAAGAGAAUUACUGCUUAACGUUGCUUGGGGUUACCCAACGUUAACAUUUUAAAUAACGCUAAGUACAAAACACAAUUUAUAGCAAUUUAUCAGUCUAUUAUUAACUGAAGCUAAGGUUUUUCUGAUCGUCGCCCAGGCUCAUCAAGUUGCACACAACAGCUACAGCAUAAUUUAAUGGAGUUUUGCUGACCUGACUCCCAGGGGGAGACCGUUCCACAGCCUGGGACCCAGGACGGCGAACACACAGUGUUUUCAGUCUUGAACGAGGUACAACUAGCAGGCCUCGUUCAGAGGACCUGAGAGGCCUAGCAGAGGAGAAAUCAGAGUGAGCACCCUGAUCAGCAGCCUCAGUCAGCGUGCCUGUCACAAUGAACCAAGUGAAGACAGAUGAGAAAUAUCAGCCACACGCACGUGUGCCCAGCGUUCACGCACCUGUUUACCAGCAAACCAGCCACAACCAGUGCCAUGGGUUUUUUCAAGGAGGUCCUGUCAAGUUCCUGCCUGAGGGGACACAGAACCUGCCUUCUGUGGCCAUGACCAGCACACAAACACCACAGCCUCUGUCAAGCACCCUUCAAUACUACGGGGAGACGCUGAAUUGCUCGCAGCACUAUUGCAUGCUCCCACUGCCAGCAGGUUCCGUCAGGUUCCUGCCUGAGGGGACACAGAACCUGCCGUCUAUGGCCAUGACCAGCACACAACCACCACAGCCUCCACCAAGAACCCUUGAGUACAACGGGGAGACGUUGGAUGACCCGCAGAAGAAGGGCACCGCAAGUGACUUGACUGCCUGCCAGCUGCGUAACCCCAGCUCCAGCCUCCCACAGGAGGUGGCAGGGGCCAGCGCUCAUAGCUCCCACAAACCUGUAGAGGACGCCUUACAAAAGAGGGAGCAUCGCUUGAUGAAGAACAGGGAAGCCGCCCGGGAGUGUCGACGAAAGAAGAAGGAAUAUGUGAAAUGCCUCGAAAAUCGCGUGGCUGUGCUCGAAAAUCAAAACAAGACUCUGAUUGAGGAGCUCAGAGCCUUAAAAGACAUAUAUCGACACAAAGUCGAGUGAUUCUCUCUCUGACGAGAGGAGGAACCGGGAUCGUGUGGACUGUUUUGCUGUACUUCUGCGGGGUGUCUUGAGGACUCUGGUUUUGCUUAUGCACAUAAAACACACACUCACACAAAACACUCCCUUGUCCUUGCAGUUAAAUGUGUUUACACGAUGAUGUCAAUGUUUCUGGCUCUGAAUCAUCCAUGCGCCACCACCAGCAAAAACAAGAACCUUGCUUCAGGUCAGGGUUAUCAUCAGUGAGUAUUACGAGGAGCUUACGUCCCUUUUGAACGGGGAGGCUGCCGUAUAUAUGGACCACCUGCAGACUCGCAACACCUCGCAACACCUUUACUGGAGAGGGAGAAUCAAAUGCUGAAGGCCCAGCUGCAGCGCUUGAACAACCCCGAACAUCCAAAUACCCUGCCUAGAUUGGUCACUAUCACCUUAACUGCACCGCAUUUUACAUUCCUUUACGAUCCGUUUCAUAAUUUGGCUCUCUUAUACAAAAAUAUAUACUAUAUCAUUGAUAUAGUCUCUAUGAGGGUGUCAAUCAGGGCUUCACGUUGCAAUGUUUGUGUUUUAUUUUAUUCCACUUCAUAAAUCCCGAUGCAAGCAUACUACCAGAUAUUAACACCCACUGCAUUGAUCACCCACCUUCCUUUGUACUUAAUGUAGAGACCUACCGGGUUCUGUUGAGCAUCUGUAUGAAGACUUAUCUGCUUCUAACCUGUGGCAAUAAUAUUUAUUUGGGCAAGUUUACACUGCAUUUUACUAACGGUGCAUAGUUUUUACAAAGAAAGGAGGGGGGAAAAAGUAUUUAUCUUAAUAUAAAUUAGUGUAUUUUUAGUUAAAAAAACCCCCACACAUUUGUGGAAAUUGCAGUAAUUUAUUGUUUUAACUUUUCUGUGUUUUGCUUCAUCUCAGUACACAUGGCUAAAUUUAGACGUUGUUUAUGUAACUACCAUUUUAAAUGCGGUUGAAUUUGAAAUUUCAUGCAGAAAUCCAGCUUUUUAGUAGUCUCCUCUGUUUCUCUUCUGUAACACCUUAGCUGUUGUCUCGAUAUGAUCACACCUCAUUUAAAGGUAUCAUAAAAGACAUAUUUUUAAAAUGUAUUUGCUUCAAUAAAGUUCUUUCUCAGG